GCCCCGGCCCCGGCCGGGCCCCCGGCGGGCGGCACCUCGGCGGGGGACAUGGAGCGCUACUACCGCCUGCUCCGCGCCGCCGCGCUGCUGGAGGCCGCCGCCGAAACUGCAAUACCCAUCUAUGCAAAGGACAUCAGUGAUGAUCUGAUGAAAGAGUUUGCUUUUCUGUCUGGUGGAAGAGGAAAGGACAAGGCCUGGAUUAUCACCCUCCCUGACAACGCUCGCUUCAACGAGGUGCCUGAGGAGAAUGUAUCUAAAGUCUUAACGUACCUAACGUCAGUCCCAAGUCAACAUGAGUCUGACACUAAAUUUAUCCUAAUCCUGGAUAGAAGAUUGGACACAUGGACAUCAGUCAAAACGACUCUCCAAAAAAUAGCAGCCUCCUUCCCGGGGAAUCUGCACUUGGUGAUGGUUCUGCGUCCCACGGGCUUUUUCCAGCGCACCUUCACUGACAUUGGCUUUCGGUUCAGCCAGGAGGAUUUUCUGCUCAAGUUACCGGUGGUUAUGCUGAGCUCGGUGAGCGACCUGCUGACGUACAUCGAUGAGCAGCAGCUGACCCCGGAGCUCGGGGGCACCCUGGAGUACUGCCACAGCGAGUGGGUCAUCUUCAGGACGGCCAUAGAGAGCUUUGCACUAACUGUGAAGGAAAUUGCCCAGAUGUUGCAGUGCUUUGGCACGGAGCUGGCAGAGACGGAGCUGCCGGACGACAUGUACUCGAUCGAGCGCAUCCUGGCCCUGCGCACCGAGAGGUACUGCCAGCUCAAGGAAGAUAUUACAGCAGUCACAAAAGAGGGAAACUUGCUUUUGAGCAGUUUUGAAGAGCCUGACUCCGGGGAGUGCAGUCAGGACCAGCAGCAGGAAAGGCCUGGGGACUGGGAGACUGUGAAUCGGUUACUUGGUCAGCUGCGUGAGAUGGAGACUGCUUUUGACGGCUUCUGGGAAAAACACCAGUUAAAAAUGGAACAAUAUUUACAACUCUGGAAGUUUGAGCAAAGUUUUCAAGAGGUCAAGAAUGCCAUUGAAUUUUUAAUGGGUCAGCAAGUGGAGCUGCCCGACACUGGCGACAGUGUCCCCCAAGUGAAACAGAGGCUCAAGGACUUGGAUCAUUUCGAUGGUAUGGCUCAGGAUCUGAUAGGGAAGGCUCAGGUGGUGAUACUGCACGGACACCAGCUCGCAGCAAACCACCACUACGCCCUCAACCUGAUCUGCCAGCAGUGCAACGAGCUGCGGCACCAUUCCGACCUCCUGUCUGAUGAGAUUAAACGGAAGCAGAUGCGCCUGCAGAAGACCUUGGACCUUCAUACCCGCCUUCAGCAGGCUCUGCAGUGCUGCGAUGAAGGUGCCUACCUGCUCGCCAACCAGCAAAUGGAUAAGUGCCAGUCUAAAGAAGGCGCUCAGAAAGCACUCCAGGACAUAGAAAGCUUUCUUGAAAGCUCUUCAGCCUACUUAAACUAUGAUCCCCAAGCCCUACACUAUGAUUUUGAAUCAGUCUUAACAUCUGAGUUGAAGUGCCAGAUCCAGUCAGUGCAGGUCAAGCUUGAAAAUGUUCGCAGCAUGUUUGAGAACCGGCAGUCCUGCUUCAAGAAGCUCUUGGACAAACACGUGCGGCCCGUCCAGUUAGUAGCUCCUCGGCCCGAAAAUCCACCGAGAUCAAAAUCACCCUUGUUCUCUCCUAAACAUGGUGUGGAUUUUAAUUCCAGUUUGAAAUUUUCAUUUGAUCUCUCUCUCCCUGGGAAGAAAACUUCAAGAAAAACUCCAAGUUCUCGCAAGAUUGAAGUCAUGCAUGACUAUCAGGAGAAGCGGAAUUCCUUGCAGUAUUUUAUCUCAGACAGUGAUGACAGCUUAGACACACUGAAAGGCCAUGUCAUAAAUGAGCUUAUAGAAACAGAGAGAGUGUAUGUGGAGGAACUCUUCACUGUUUUGACGGGCUACAGAGCAGAGAUGGAUAAUCCUGCCAUGCUCAUCCUCCUGCCCCCCGUGCUGAGGAACAGGAAGGACGUCCUCUUCGGAAACAUGCCUGAGAUCUAUGACUUCCACAACAAAAUUUUCCUGCACAGUUUGGAAAACUGCCUGGGAGCACCCGAGAGAGUGGGAUGUUGUUUUCUAGACAGGCGGGAGGAUUUCCAGAUGUAUGAGAAGUACUGCCAGAACAAGCCCCGCUCCGAGUCCCUGUGGAGGCAGUGCUCCGAAAGCUCCUUCUUCCAGGAAUGCCAAAGAAAAUUAGAACACAAGCUCGGGCUGGAUUCCUAUUUGCUCAAACCAGUACAGCGCCUGACAAAAUACCAGUUACUUCUGAAGGAGCUGCUAAAGUACAGCACGAGCUGUGAUGGAGUUCAGGAACUUCAAGAAGCUCUGGUUGCAAUGUUGGAUUUGCUGAAGUCAGUCAACGACUCUAUGCAUCAGAUUUCAAUAACAGGAUAUGAUGGUGACCUGAGCGAACUGGGGAAAGUAUUGAUGCAGGGAUCUUUCAGUGUUUGGACAGGACACCGAAAAGGGCCAACAAAAAUGAAGGAUCUUGCCAGGUUCAAGCCCAUGCAGAGGCACCUGUUUCUGUAUGAGAAAGCCUUGGUCUUCUGCAAGAAGCGAGAGGAGCACGGAGAUGGAUAUGACAAAACCUCAUCUUACAGCUUUAAGCACUUUCUGAAAAUGAAUGCAGUUGGAAUAACUGAGAAUGUGAAAGGAGAUCAUCGGAAAUUUGAGAUCUGGUACAGUGGGAGAGAAGAGGUGUAUGUGGUGCAGGCCCAAACAGUAGAUCUGAAGAUGGCAUGGUUGAACGAAAUAAGAAAAAUUUUGUUCAAGCAGCAAGAGCUUAUAAAAGCAGUGGAGAAGCAGCAGCCUGGCUCGUGCUCGGAGCAGCUCCCGCUCUCGUCCCAGCUGAGUGACGGGAAGCAGCAGAGAGCCUCCAUCAGCUCCGAAGAGAACGACUCGGAGCGCACCAGCCCGGUGAUGCUGGACAGCGGGCUCGUGUCCCCCCAGAACAAGCCCCACAGAAGCUGGCCAGGAAUGUCCCAGUCCCUGGAGAUCUGCGAGGGGCUGGAGGAGUGGUCGGGUCACCAGUACCUCUCCAACUGCUCGGACACCGAAGAGGAGGACGGGAACCAGCUGUCUCCAGGAAAAUACACAGCCCUUGCAGACUGCAAGAGGAGAGGAUCAGAGGACCUGCUGGUGAAAAACGGGGAUGAAAUUCAGCUCUUGCAUGAAGAUGGUGAGGGACAGUGGUUGGUGAAAAACCUAAACAGAAGAAAAGAAGGCUGGAUUCCUGUCCACAGUCUGCAGAUUGUAGUCGGUGACUGCAGAUUUCGGAAUGCCAAAGUUGCAGAUUUCUUUGCAAGAGCUCUGGGUAGAAGAUCGGGGAGAAGAGACGGAGUCUGACCAGGGAUUCCCGUGACUGUUUUGCCUCCUCACUGCAGUAGCUCAAACCCCGUGUGAACAGGAGGUACCUAAGCAAAAUCUCCUCCUGCUGCAAAAGACAUCGUGGCCUGACCCCAGCACUCUAAAGGCAAUACUUCCUUCCUCCCUGCUGCCUCACUCCUGCCCUCACUGCUGCCUGCUGGUUAAUCCAUCCUUAGAUAAAGUUUAUAAUAAACAGGUUACCAGGUUUCGGCCAAAGGCUUCGAGUCUCCAAACCCAUAUUUCUCAUUUUCUAGCUGUAAAUGUACAUAGAAAUAGAUAGGGAAGCAUAAGAGAUGACACAAGAAAAUGCCUUAAGAGCAGCCUGUUGCCCUUGCCAUGUACGCAGCAUCACCUCCAUGUGUUGCCUCAUCACCAUGCUGUCCAUUGGAAAUGAGAGACCAGGGUUUGAUAUGGAACAGCUCAGGAAACUCACAUAGACUUAGUCCAUUAAAAAACCCCAAAAAACUAGUUAUGACUAUAUGAAGCAAAUUUUGCAAGGAGAUUUCUCUUUAAAUACUUCUUUCUGUCAGAAUCUAUUAUUCUGAUGAAUGUGAAGGAAGCCGUCUGAAAGGCUUAAAAUUCCAGUCAGCUCUUGCUGGUUUUUCAGUAUAUUUCAGUGACAUCCAUCCUAUACAGGAGGGUAUUUUUUAUCCCCUUUGUUGCAGGGCGGUCAAAUCUCACAGGUUGAAGGUUUUCUGAUUUUAUGUAAGGGGUAGUUUGCUAACUAAUGUUCAGAGUUUACUGGCACCCUGUUUUCCAGGUGCAGUUAUGGCUCCCUUGAUCAUCUCUCCAUGUGUAGCUAUCUCACCAGGUCCUAUGCAGAAGGGUUUUCCAGCUGUGACUGCAUCUCAAAAAAAGGGUGCUGGCAAACUUUGAACCCUGGUUUGCAUUGUCAGUGGUCAUAUCCCCAAAAACCUAGAGACUGUCAGCUCCAGACUGGUUUACAAAGUUGCUGAGUACAAACUAAGGAGAAUUUCACGAGGUGAAACCACAGAAAAUGCCUCCUGUGAGUCCCAGGUUCUCCAGAGUCAUGUCCCGGGGUCUGAGAGCACUGAGGCUCUGUGUUCCCUGCUGAGGUAACUGUUCUUCUCUGCUGUUGCUGAUCGUGGCUGGAGUCUCGAGGCAUGAUUCUAGUUUUACAUGCACUCCAGGAAAUAUUGGGGGAAUGAUGGAGGAUGUUUUCUUGCUAUUUCCUAGAGCUAUUCCUAGAAUUUUUCAGCGAUGUGUCCUUAAGCCAUAAGCAACUUGCACUCUGAAAAUUGAUUUUCCUACAGUACUUUUGCAUUCAGCAAUUCCCUUUACUCUGUGGGCUGGUCGCUUCACGCUGCAGGUGACACUGUACCACUGACUCCUUGGGAAUGGUCUGGAUCGGGCUCUUUCCUGCUUCUUCAGAAGAUGGAGCUCUUGCUCCAGUAUAGCAGAGGGAGAAUUAGGCAGCCAAGCUCGUGGAGCAAAGUGGGGGCAGGAGGGAGCAUCAGAACCCUCACAGAUUAUGAGCUGCUUGUGCUGAAAUACUGGUUUGCAUGUUAGCAAUGUAAGCUUGACUAACAUGUGGGGUCCCCAAGAGCUUAGAGAGUGUUGGAGUCACCUCAGUGCUGGGGGAGAGACAGUUCUGGCAUUCUCUGGGGGCAGUGCCUUAUUGCUCAGCCCCAGGUUCCCCUAAUUAAACUUUAUGUCCAGUCACAGAAUUUCAAAGCAACAUUCAUACAAAUCUGGAGGUUGGGAUUUUUUUCAGGGCAAAGCCUUUAGCUGAAUAGAUUAAAUGGUUCCCUUACCUUCACAUUUCCUCUUAGAUUUAUACUGUGGCCCUAACAAAACCUCCCACCACAGGACGACUGAUACCUGCAUGCCUACAAGCUGUUCCUCUCCCAUCCUGCUAAUUAUUGCAGUGUUGAGCCAGUACAAAUCAUAAUGAAGUUACUGGGAACUUUUUGCUGUCCAUUUUAAGUUAGCAGAGGGGCACUUGGUAAAUGCUUCACUCCCCAGCCAUUUCCAGCUUUGCAAAUCCAUGGUCCUCUUGUAAAUCUUGGCCUGGAUAGAAGCCAUGAGGCUAUCUGGGAGGAAGGUGGCUGGCUUGGAGAUCAUUUUGAAAAUGAAUUUUCCUUCUGGUGAGCCUCUAGCUGUAAAUUCUGAGAUUAGUCCUUGUUCCUUUCUUCCAAAUAGAUUUAUUCUCUCUGCUUUGCAAACCCAUGGUGGAUUUUUUUAUGUGCAUGAUGAAAGAAUAGUUUUGUAUUGCAGGUGGUAACAUGCAGAGCUCAAAUGAAAAAUAUUUGGAGAGAACUGUGCUCAGGAAGAGCAAUAUUCAGAAUGUAACUACUGUUGAGGCUCAGCCAUGUGUUGCUGGUUUCAGCUGCCUUGCAAGUGGUCAGGCAUUGCCUGGUCAACUGACUCGGCUUUUCCAUGAAUUCACACAGAGAUGCAAGAUUAUCUCCUCAUUCAGGGAAGGUGGGGGCUCCAGCAUUGCAAUCCCAACUCCUCCUCUGCACUGCAGCAGGAGACAAAACAUUUCUGCAUGUCCCUUGGUGGCCAGUGUGCCAAAGAUCACACUUUGAAGCACUGGCAGGUCUGUGUCAGUGAAGAAAAGGGCAUCUCACCUCUCAGCUGCACUGCAGCACCCACAGCAAAGGCUUGGAACCAGAUUUUCUCUGAAGUCUCUUCUUAAUCCAUGCUGUGAUUUAAGGUGGACACAGGCUCCUGUUCUACAUGCCAAACCCUCUCCUAGUUUGUUUUAGAUCCCACUUGCCAAAUUCUCUCUUCCAAGCCUUAAGGGGAUUCCCUGUGUGUGCUCUUCAUGCCAUAAAGCUGAGCAAAGGUUUCCCCCCGCUGGCAGUGCCCAAAGGACCAAGCUUGCAUGUCCAUGCCCCCACUGGACAGGGCACUGGGGAUUGUCCCUCAGCCAGGGGAGCUCGAGGCAGCCCUUUUGUGGCUCCCAUCUGCCUGAUCAGGGUAUUUAUUGUCUGUGGCUUGAGCUUUCGCAGGCUGCUGCGAGCAUGUUGGCUGAAAUGUGCAAGCUUUGUCCAAGUUUGGUUAAAAUGCCACUUGUGGCUUGCAGCUGCAGCACAGCAGUUUGCACUGCCCCUCACGCACUUUAAGGACUGCAGCCACAGGCUUUUGUGUCUAUACAGGGUCCCUUAAAGGAAAUGCUGAUUUCUUUUUGGCCUUUGGAACAUAAAGGAGGGUCUCCUCCUAUGAUCUGAGAUGCCAGCCAGCUUCACAGAACAGCUAUUUAGUAACGCCCUAGAAAACCACUUCAAGCCUGACAAAAUAAGGAGCCUAGAGAAGAUAUCAGCUGGCCUUGCUGUGAUAAUGAAGUAAUAGAUGAUGGAAAUGAGUCAAACCCUGUGGUCCUGCCUUAGUCAAGGCUCUCACUGAAGCCAGUGGGAGUUCAGCUUUUAGGGAGAAAUACAGAAGUGCAUUUAUUUUUUUUAUGUUAUACAAAUGUUACAUGAUUAUAGGGAACAAUGUGUUUCUUGGAAUAAGAUGCUUUAAUAUUAACAUCAUUCUCCAUUACUUUAUAGAUGCUGCCCUGUGUAACACGAGAAAGUUCAGUUCCCCUUGAAUUAAGGGUGAACUAGUAGCAUCUUAUUUUCGAUGCUCUUUGGAAGCUUUCAACUAAGUGUUACAGAGAAAUAGCACAAUAGUUGGAGUUGUCCUGUACUAUUCAUCACAUUCACAGACCUCCACAGCUUCAUCUGCACUGAAUGGGACUGGGGUCCUAAGCAGCUUCUCAUGCUCAUAAAGGAAGCCAUUCUCUGCUCUUUGGGUUUUUUUUGCCUGUGGAAAGUAUGAUAUUUUAUUAAUUUUUCCUACUGUUUUUCCAUGACAUACAUCAUGUUUCAUCAGAGAAGUACACUACAGUUUCCUGACACUUUGUUUAGAUGCUUGAAAUUUCCUCUACAGGUUGAAGUAGGUUUUGCCUACUUGUUAGCUGACAACUGUUGAAGUUGCAAACAAGAGUUGAGUUUUGGUAAACCAAAAAGAAAAAAAAAACCAAACAAAGAAGCUGUAUGUCCCACUUAAUUGAUUUUAUGGGUGGAUUUUUCUUAAAUAUCUGCUUCAGCUAUGUGAAUGUAAUGUUCUGUAAGAGCAUCAUCUGGCUGACUCACAUGUGAGGAUGCAAUAACACUAAAGAUCCUCUUUUUGCACUUAGGGUCUGAGUCCAGCCCAUUGCAAUCAGCCUCCUUGAUUUCAGUGGGGUUUGGAUCAGAUCAAACUGACAACUCAGGGUUGUCACCAAUCACUUAGGGUCCCAAAGCGUCCCAAGGCUGAAACCUGUAUCUAGCAAGUGUUGAAGUUUACAUUAAUGUAUGUACUUUUGGAACACGUGCCAUAAAUCCAAGCUAAAUGUCCAUGUUUGCACUAAGGAUGUUCUUGUGAUAAGACUUUUUCAGCAUCUUUAACAAUAAUGUAUCUAUUGAAUUUUUGAGAAAGGAAGAAGAAUGUUGAAGACUCAUAAUUUAAUUAUUUUGUGUUUCUUUGUCUAGUUUUGCUUUUGUAGAACAUAGGUAGGUACAGGUGGUUUGAACUUUUAAGCAGAUGUGUGCAAAGAGCACCUGAGUGUGUGGAGAGCAGGGUUAAUAGUGUGCAUGCAGUAGUGAAUUUGCUCUGUCCCAGUCAAAUGCAAUGUUUAGACCAUGGACUAAAGGGGGACCUUUAUGAUCUGACUUUUAUUUGUGAACCAGUCCUUAGACACAGUCCCAAGCUGAGUUAAACAUACUGGGGUUUGUUUUGUGACCAUUUUUGUGUGGAGGCACUGUUGAGCCACUCAAUGGCUGUGGUUGCCUGGGGGCUCCCCAUCACUCAGUGGACAUCUCUCCACUGUGGGUCUCCAGUAUGGGGGGUGACCCUUGUGCACCCUCAGAAAUGUGACCAGCUGAGUCUGAACUGAGCAACACCACAGACCUAGAACAAUCCUGAUAUCCUUCAGCCACUGACAAUCACAGUGCAGAGGUUUUAAGCCACUGAAGGUUCUUUUCAUCUACUUUAAAAUCAAUCACAAUGCACUAAUUGGGUGGGAAAGUAGGAGUGUCUUAAGUUACUGUUGGGGCUGUUUAUAGCGGUAACAAUUCUUGUGGGAACAAUACACAUUUUGAGGUACAACUGUAAAUAUUUGUCUGAAACAUAGCACACAUUGCAUAUUAAAUGAUUUUAAUCUUUUUUGUCUUCCAUGGUUUUAAAUCUAAGCUUUUAUUAAUUUAUGAGGUUGAUAAGUUCUGCAAAUCUGAAUGUACAGUCUGAGGUUUUUAACAUUUGAAACUUUGCACACGACAUGGUAUGUUCCCCUGAGUAUGCUGUUGAACUAGGCUCUUCAUGUAUAUGUAUAAAUUACAGUAGAGAAUUUUCUCUGACUGCAAGUUUAAAUGAACUAUAUUGUAUAUGUACCUGUAAAAAAUGUGUUAAAUCUAUAUUUAAAGAUUAAAAACUUGUUAAAUAAAUCCAUCUGAGAAUAUGCA